GUACCAGCCCGGCCGCCAUUUUCCCGGAAGAAGUCUCUCUCCUUGGGCGCCUUCCUUCUCCUCUGAUCCGGGAAACGAGGAUUCUAUGGAGCCACCUCUUGGAUGCAGCAAUGAAAUCAAUCAUAUAGGAAGAAGAACUUCUCUCUAGGUGAGGGUCUUGCUGAAAUCUUGACCUCACAUACAGAUAAGGAAGGAAAAAAGAUGACUGAAGCUUCUGUAUUGCAAUCAAACACCCAUAUCAUGGCUGACAUGAAGGAGAAAGCAUUUAUAUGCCUGGAAUGUGGGAAAAGUUUCACUUGGAGUGGUGAUCUGAAGCGACAUCAAAGGACUCACACGGGGGAGAAACCCUAUACAUGCUUGGAGUGUGGAAAGAGCUUCACUCACAGUGGUAGUCUACGUUUACACGAAAGGACUCACACUGGGGAGAAACCCUAUACAUGCCCGGAGUGUGGAAAGAGCUUCACUCAUAGUUCAGCUCUAUGUUCACAUCAAAGGACUCACACUGGGGAGAAACCGUAUACAUGCCCGGAGUGUGGAAAGAGCUUUACUCAUACUACAGGUCUACGUUUACAUCUAAGGAUUCACACUGGGGAGAAACCGUAUACAUGUCCAGAGUGUGGCAAGAGCUUCGCUCAUAGUUCACAUCUAUAUAAACAUCAAAGGACUCACACAGGGGAGAAACCCUAUAACUGCCUGGAGUGUGGAAAGAGUUUCAAUGAGAGUGGAAGUCUACGUACACAUCAAAGGAUUCACACUGGGGAGAAACCCUUUACAUGCCUGGAGUGUGGGCAGAGCUUCACUGAUAGUUCAGGUCUACGUUCACACCAAAGCACUCACAGUGGGAACAAACCCUAUACAUGCCUGGAGUGUGGGCAGAGCUUCACUACAAAUGGAAAUCUACAUUCACAUCAAAGGAUUCACACUGGGGAGAAGCCCUAUACAUGCCUGGAGUGUGGGCAGAGCUUCACUAUGAGUGGAAGUCUACGUUCACAUCAAUGGAUUCACACUGGGGAGAAACCCUAUACAUGCCUGGAGUGUGGGCAGGGUUUCACUAGGAGUGGAAGUCUAUAUUCACAUCAAAGGAUUCACACUGAGGAGAAACCCUAUACAUGCCUAGAUUGCGGGCAGAGCUUCACAACGAGUGGCAGUCUACGUUCACAUCAAAGGAUUCACACUGGGGAGAAACCCUAUACAUGCCUGGAGUGUGGCCAGAGCUUCACUACGAGUGGAAGUCUAUGUUCACAUCAAAGGAUUCACACUGGGGAAAAACCCUAUACAUGCUUGGACUGUGGGCAGAGCUUCACUACGAGUGGAAGUCUACGUUCACAUCAAAGGAUUCACACUGGGGAAAAACCCUAUACAUGCCUGGAGUGUGGAAAGAGCUUCUCUGAGAUUACGGGUCUACGUUCACAUCAAAGGACUCACACUGGGGAGAAGCCCUAUAAAUGCUUGGAGUGUGGAAAGAGUUUCUCGGAGAGUACAGGUCUACGUUCACACCAAAGGACUCACACUAAAGAGAAACCAUAUACAUGCCUGGAGUGUAGAAAGAGCUUCACUCAGAUUGGAAGUCUACGUUCACAUCAAAGGAUUCACACUGGGGAGAAACCCUAUAAAUGCCUGGAGUGUGGAAAGAGCUUCACUCAGAGUGGAAAUCUACGUUCACACCAAAGGACUCACACUGAAGAGAAACCAUAUACAUGCCUGGAGUGUUGAAAGAGCUUCACUCAGAGUGGAAAUCUCCAUAGACAUCAAAGGAUUCACACUGGGGAGAAACCUUAUACAUGCUGUAUAAACCAA